AAUUACCCCCAACCGAACAAGCGGUUAGGGCAGAUAAACCCGCGGUUUCCGAGGCGUAGUGUCACCGCUCCUCUUCCGCCGCUACUCCACUCUGCCCCGCAAACAAUGGGGAAGAAGAAGCGUAUCCAAAAAACAGCAAUGGGGGAGAAGGGGGCGACGCCGACGGCAAAUCAGGAGGAGCCGGCGAGCGUGCUGACGCUCCUGGAGGCGGCAGAUCCGGAGGACCCGGCGAGGGUGCUGACGCUCCUGGAGGUGGAUCCCACCAAGGAGGACCCUGCCGUCCUCAACGCCAUCAGGAAGAAGAACAGUGCUGCCCUGACCUCUAUGCUUGGUCCCCGUGAUGAGCUCUCCGACAAAGACAGUUCAAAUGCAGCUGAUGCUGUUUGGCAUCUCGUCAUAAAUGGUGACCACAUAACUGGAAAUCUGAACCUGCUCACAGACCUCACACCUGUGUGUGACCGUUGGGUUCGCAGCCUCAAUGGGAUGGGGGGGGCCAUGCAAGUCUGUGCACGGGGAUAUGUGAACUGCAAUGGGAUCAGGGUCGAUGAUGUAUGAUAUGUUCCUGGGGUCACGGUGAAUAUGUUGGCGACUGCCCAUCUUACCAAACAAGAUCUAUGAGUCCAAAUAGGUGCUGAUUUCUGUUCUAUAACGCGCCCUGAUGGCACAGUAGUUGGCAAAGGACAUUGCAAAGGUCAUUUGUAUGAGCUCGACUUUCUUGAUGCCAUCAGGUAGAAGAACUAUUUGCCUCAAUGAUUUAUUAUUAUC